AUGUUACCUGAUGUCUUCUGCAGAAACGUGCUGCUGUGGAUGGAGAACCUAACAUCAGUAACUCCUCUCACAGAGCCCAUGGUGUUUGAACUGGAAGGGUUCUACGUGCCGCCGGGUUUUGGUCCUUUCCUGUUCUUCCUGGCUCUGUUUGCCUACGUGGUGGUGCUGUUGGGGAACAGCGUGGUGGCAUUUGUCAUUGUUAUGGACAAGAACUUGCACAGACCCAUGUUUGUAAUGGUUUGUCAUCUGCUGGGCUGUGAUCUUUUGGGGGCCACAGCCGUGCUGCCUCACCUCAUGAUGCACUUCUUGAUGGGGCAGAAGAAGAUCGCCUACAUCCCUGCUAUAGCCCAGGCUUUCUUUAUGCACACAUAUGGUGUUGCAGUGCAGACUAUUCUGGGUGCCAUGGCCUAUGACAGGUACAUUGCAGUGUGUGAGCCGCUCAGGUAUCACGCCAUCAUGACCUCGGCUCGGCUGCACUCCUGCUGCGCCCUGGCCUGGCUCAUUGCUCUGCUGCUUAUCGCUGUGCUCUUCAGCUCCCACAUGAACGUCCCGCUGUGUGGCCAAACCAUCCAGCACAUCUACUGCAGCAACCGAGGGAUCCUAAACCUGGCCUGCAUUCCCACCCCCAUUAAUAACAUUUAUGGGCUGUCCAUGACCUGGUCUGUGAGUACAGGAAUCUUCCUCAUCAUUGCUUUUUCCUACAUCAGGAUCCUGCAUGCUUCUCUAAGACGAGGCAGAACUGACAGCGGCAUCCGCAGCAAGGCCUUUCAAACCUGUGCUUCUCAUCUUGUUGUUUAUGUGCUUUAUGAAAUAGCUUCACUCACCAUAAUUGUGAGUUACAGGUUCCCUUCGCUCUCCCAAAACAUAAAGAAAUUCUUAAGCAUUCUGUACAUCAUCGUCCCACCAGCUAUAAACCCCAUUAUCUAUGGACUGGCCAGUAAAGACUUACGCGUGAGCAUCAUUAGGCAUUUCACCAUUCAGUUAAAUCACAGAAACUGA